GAAGAAGUUGAAAGAGAAGGAUUAGAUUGGUUUAAAGUUUUUAGAGAUCGAUAUGUGAUUGAGUCUAGAUGGAAAUCAGGUGAUCAAGUUUCUAGAUCAUUAAAAGGACAUAAAGAUUCGGUUUAUUGUUUACAAUUUGAUGAAGAGAAAAUCGUAACAGGAUCUAGAGAUAGAAGUGUUAAAGUAUGGGAUAUCAAAACAGGACUUUGUCAACACACCUUAAAUGGACAUCAAGGCAGUGUAUUAUGUUUAAAGUUUUCAGGAUCGGAUUUCCUUUUGACAGGUUCAUCAGAUUGUAAAGUGAUACAAUGGGAUAUGAAGACAGGAGAAAAGAAGAAAGAGUUAAUUGGACAUCGAUCAGGAGUCUUAGAUCUUUCGAUCAAUUCGAAUUACAUUGUGAGUUGUAGUAAAGAUACGACCAUCAAACUAUGGAAUCGGUUCGAUCUUUCAUUACUUAGAACUAUAGAAGGUCAUACUGGACCGGUAAAUGCGAUUGAAGUUUCCAAAGACGGUCAAUUAUUAGUUUCAGCUUCAGGUGAUUCGACUAUGAAACUUUGGAACCCAUUAACAGGAGAAUUGUUGAGGACCUGUGAAGGUCAUCUAAGAGGUUUGGCCUGUAUUAAAUUGAUUGAAGAACUUGGUUUGGUCAUCAGUGGUUCGAAUGAUGAAACUGUAAAGGUUUGGGAUCUUAGGAAUGGUCAGUGUUUGAGAACUUUGUUGGGUCAUGAAGGUUUAGUUAGAACUUUAGAUGUAGAUGUGAAUGAAAGAAGAUUAGUCACAGGAAGUUAUGAUAAAACGAUUAAAGUUUGGGAUUUCGAAACUGGACUGAUGAAAUUAGAUUUUAGAAAAGGUCAAAAAUCGAUUGUGUUUGAUGUUUCGAUAGACUUACAUCAAAUCAUUUCUGUUGGUCAUGAUUCUAAUAUCACCAUC